AUGGAAACUCGAGCAAAUAAUCUUAAUUUGAUUGAAAAAGAAGAAGAGGUGCUUAUUCAUGUGCCUCGAUCUACAUUAUUCGACAGAAUUCAAGGUUGUAGUAAUAUAGCUGAAAGUCGACCAAAAAGUUAUAAUUUGACUGAAUUAGAAGAGGAGGUGCUUAUUCAAUACAUUAUUGAUAUGGAUGAUAGAGGAUUUGCCCUUAAAUUAAAUAGUGUGGAAGAUAUGGCGAAUUAUAUGCUCGAAACACGGGGUGCGAAGAAGGUUGGAAAGCUCUGGGCUCAUCGCUUUGUAAAACGACGUUCAGAAUUAAAGACGUGUUUUAAUCGUGUCUAUGACUUUCAAAGAGCUCUUUGCGAAGAUCCAGAGCUUAUUGAAGAGUGGUUUCGAUUGGUAUCGAAUAUGCAGGCGAAAUAUAGGAUUCAGGAUUGCGAUUUCUACAACUUCGACGAAACAGGCUUUAUGAUAAGUAUAAUAUGCCCUGGAAUGGUUGUAACUAGUGCUGAACGAAGUGGCAGAAGCAAGGCAAUACAACCAGGCAAUCGAGAGUGGGCUAUGGUAAUUAUAUGUGGUAAUGGAGAGGGUGAAACUAUACCUCUAUUUCUGAUAGUUCAAGGACAAGUUCAUCUUUCCAAUUGGUAUACCGAAACCGAUUUUCCUGUGGAUUGGGUUAUUAAAUCUACUUCUAAUGAAUGGAUAAAUAAUGAGAUAGGGUUAGAAUGA